CAGCGCUGCACAGAGCAGGAGUGGGAGCCGGUCGCACCAGGACUGAGUGUGAGCAUCUGUCAGCAGGGACACGGACCCUCCACCACCCACCAUGGAGCCCCAGGUGCUGGGACGGAUGCCCAGGGCUGGACUCCUGCUGCUGCUGCCCCUUCUCCUCUGCUUCGGGCCAGAGACCGCCGGGAGCAUCAACCGGGCUGCGCUCCAAAAAAUCGUGGAUCAUGUGGACAAGUACCUCAGACUAGGUGAACUUCAAUAUGCCUUCGUCGUGAGCCUGCCCCGUGAGCUUUGUGACGACCCCUCCAAGCAGUUCAACAACAUGCUGGAGGAGAAGCUGCCCAACAAAACGCUGGAUGCCAUGAAACAGGCGCUCAGAAAGAAUGGUGGCCUGUACAACCCAAAAAAUGGGAACAUUAUAGCUGCCCGGCCUAGAUAUAAGAAAACUCACUCGGAGCACAGCGAGUGGCUCCUGCUCCAUGGGGACAAGAACAGCAGAAACUCCCAGAAUUUGGCCACCUAUCUGCCCAAGCGCCAGCUAAAAGAGAUGAGAGCAACGAUUCGCCCGUUCGAUGGCCUGUACAGCGGGAACAUCGUGGCUGCUCGGCCAUUGAAUGUGAGGGGGAAAUACAUGGAGCACAGCGAGUGGCGUCUGCUCUCCGGCCCAAACAGCCUUGUGGCCCAGCUCAAGGCCAGGACCUGCAAAUUGAACUGCUGCCUGAUCUUAUUCACCCUCAACUCGCCCUGCACGAAAGUGUGUCUGGCGCAAAAAGGGCCCUUCAACAUCAUGCAGAUGACCAGCAAUGCCUUCUCGGACAUUGCCAAGGACUACAAGGCCUUCGUUUUCCAGAGGAUCUUCCGCAACGAUACGCAGUCCGUGGUGACCCGCAAGGAGCUGCUGGAGGCCUGGCACCGACUGCACAACGUGCCCCUGCUGCGCUGCGAAAACAGCGUCUGCAACGACUGCGCCGGGAAUGAUACAGCCACUCACCCCAACCCCUGCCUGGCUGGCAAGAGGUACAAAUGAUGGAGUGGAGCUGGCAACUGUGUGAGGCUCUUUGUGCCAUUGGCCUCCCUCUCUGCCCAUGUGCUUCUGGCUUGCUGAUUGUAACAGGAACACAUCCCAACUGGGCACCAAGCUCCAAUCCAGAACCCCAUUCUGAUGGGUGCCCCAAUCUAGAACCCCAAUCCACAGGUGCGUGCCAAUCUAGAACCCCAUUCCUGGGCAUGCUGAGUGUAACAGGCACACGUCCCAACCGGGCACCAGGCUCCAAUCCAGAACCUCAUUCUGAUGUGUGCCCCAAUCCAUGGGUCUGCUACAAUCCAGAACCCCAUUUCUGGGCAUGCACAGAUCUAGAACCCAAUCCACAGGUGUGUGCCAACCUAGAACCCCUUCCAGAGUGUGUUCUCAUGUAGAACCCCAUCCCUGGAUGUGCUAAAAUCUCCAUUCUAGAGCCCCAUCACUGAGUGUGCUCCAAUGUAAAAGCCCAUCCCCAUCUCUGGUUGUGCUCCAGCCUAGAAGUCCAUCCCUGGGUGUGCUCCAAUCUGUGAUCUAGAAGCCCAUCCCUCUCCCCAAGUGUGCACCAAUCUCAAAUUGCCACCCCCACAGUGGGCCUCAAGCUCCGUUCUAAACCUUCAUCCCCCUCAGUGCGUGUCAAGCUCCAGUCGAGAAUAUGACCCCCAUCCCUGGGGGUCUCUGAGCUGCAGUCUAGAAUCCACAGAGCCACUCAAUGAACUCAGAACUCGUAUUUAGAACCCAGCCUCCAUCCCUGCAUGAGGCUGGGGGGAGGGGGCAGUGGACGGGAGCAGGGCACAUUGUGCCCAGUGACUGUAUCAUGGGACUGGAUCAGAGGGGGGAGCCCCUUACUCAGAUGGUGGUAGGUGGGAUU